UUAUGUAAUAAAAUAAAAUAAUACGAAAAAUUCUGAAUAUUAAAAUAAAAAUAUAAAUCGAAUGUUUAUGUGUUGUUUGGUGUGUAACAUAAUUUUAUAAUUAUUUGAGUGAUACAUUCAACUAAGAUGGAUUUAGAUUCAGAUUGUUUAUCCACUAAAGACCCAAAUAACAAAAAAUAUAAUAAAUUUAAUCAUGAAGAAAUCAUGAAAAAAAUUAAUAUGUUGGAAAAUGAAAUUUUCAAUAAUCCAUUAAAUUAUGAUUUACACAUUGAAUUAAUUAAAAUUCUCCGUGAAGUUGAUGAUUUAACAGAAUUACGUAAAGCUAGAAUAAGACUCAAUGAAAAAUAUCCUUUAAGUGCAAGAUUGUGGUUAGAUUGGAUUGAAGAUGAAUCAAUUAUGGCAAAAUCUGUAGAAGAAAAAAAAUAUGUUAUGAUGCUAUAUGAAAGAGGAGUAAAAGAUUACCUAAGUAUAGAACUAUGGAUACAGUAUAUAAAAUUUAGUAUUCAUUCUAUGAUUGAUAUCCCACAAACUGAAACAAUACGACAGUUAAUAGAAAAAGCUUUAAUUGCCGGUAGUUUACAUGUAACUAAUGGUAAUGCCCUUUGGGAAGUUUAUUUAGAAUUUGAAAAACUAUUGUUGGAGUCAUUAAAACAAAAGUCUGAUAUAGAAGCUAUUAAAGAACAAAAACAUAGAAUUAAUAGAUUGUAUUGCCGACAAUUGUCUGUGCCUCUUUCUAGCAUGGAAAAUACUUAUUCUGAGUAUAUUAAAUGGUUAUCUUUUGAAGGUUUAAAUGAAAUUGAAGUUGUUAAACCAGAUUAUAAAAACGCUUUUACUAAAUUAAAAGAAAUUCAAGUAUUUGAAAAUAGUUUACUUUCAGCAGAGGUUGUGAAUCGUACAAGUUCUUACAUAAAAUAUCUGAAUUGGGAAAAAAAUCCUAAAGAAGGUGGUAACAAAUUAAACAGAGUUGUUUGUUUAUUUGAAAGAGCUAUAGCAGAUCUUCCUUUAGAGUUUUCAUUAUGGGUUGACUAUGUUAAUUAUGUAGCAAUAACAAUAAAAGAUGCUGAUACUGUUUUAAAUGUUUGUAAAAGAUCUGUAGCUAAUUGUUCUUUGUCAGUGACUCUUUGGUGUUUCUAUCUAGUCCAAGCUGAGGCUAAACUGUGUUCUCAUGAAGAAAUUAAUGAAAUUAUGGAGAAUGCCCUAUGUUCAAGGUUUAGUUCAGCAGCUGAUUAUCGAUCUUUAUAUUUCAAUUACAUCUAUUAUUUACGCCGUAAAAUUAAUAAUGCUGACCCUGAAAGUAGAGUGAAACAAAUACAAAAUAUUAGAUCAUUUUUAGAAUACGCUCAAACAUAUCUUACUUCUGAAUUUGGAUAUGAAGGCGAUCCAUCUUGUGAAUUACUUUUAUGGUGGAGUAAUUUUGAAGCUUGUAUAACUGGAGAUAUGGUGCGUGUACGAAAAAUAUGGAAUGAUAUUCUAAAUGUUGGCCAUAACUAUUCUUCUACAUAUUGGAUGAAAUAUAUUGAUGUAGAAAUGAAAUUUGGAGAUUCAAAUCACGUGAGAAAAUUAUUUAAUAGAGCACUGAUGACUAACACUGAUUCAUCAGAAAUAAUUAGUGCUGAAUGGAUAAAAUAUGAAUCCUUGAGUGGAGAUUUAAAUUGCUUAUUAAGUUGCAAAAAAAAAAUCAAUUCAAGAAUGAAACUAGUACAAAAACUUAGGGGAAAAAAUCAAGCAAAAAUAACAAGUUUAAUAGAACAAAAGGAAAAAAAGAAAAAAUGUAAAGAUAAUCAACAAAGAAAACAUGAAAAGUAUUAUUCCAAUGAAAUUUUUAUUAGAACACACAGUAAAAAAGAAAAAACAUGUUACAAGUAUUCACCGCAAUUGAAAUCAAAAAUAGGGGAAAUAACAUUGGAUAAAGGUGGACGCUUCUUAGAAGUAGAAGGAAAAGAAAAUCGUUCUGUUUUUGUUAGUAACUUGGAUUUUGCUGUUACUGAAUUAGAGGUUAAGGAUGCGUUUUCAUCUAUAGGAUACUGUGAAGUGCUGCUAAUAAAAGAUUUUAGGAAUCGUUCAAAAGGAUUUGGUUAUGUACUCUUUGAAAGCCCAGAAAUGACAUUAGAAGCCAUUAAAAGAGAUCGUACUUUUGUCAACAAACGUCCCAUGUUUGUAUCCAAGUGUGAACCGGAUAAGCAAAAUAGAAUUGGAGGACUACAUUUUACUACUGAACUUGAGAAAAAUAAAUUAUUUAUAAGAGGUUUAUCUUACAGUUGUACAAAAAUUGAUUUAGAAAACAUUUUUAAUCAUUAUGGUGCAUUAAAAGAUAUUCGUAUUGUAACAUUCAGGAAUGGUCAUUCUAAAGGUUUGGCUUAUGUUGAGUAUAAUGAUGAGGUGUCUGCUGCUGCUGCUCUUGUUAAAACUAAUAAUAUGACAAUUCAUAACAAGAAAAUAUCAGUUGCAUUAAGUCAGCCACCAGAGAGAAAAUAUAAUCCAGAAACUAAAUCAAAUCCACUAGUAUCAAAAUUAAAGUCACAAGCUCAAAAUUUAAAUCCAUUUCCUAUAUGUCGAGAUCAUGCUCGCAAAAAAUUAUCUUUAUUGCCAAGUAUUUCACACAAAUCAAUCCAAGUAACACCUUUACCAAUUUCAACCUGGAAAGAAAAUAAAACAUCCUUGAGUAAUAAUGAUUUUAGAAAAAUGUUGUUAAAUACUUAAUAAAUGUAUAUUUUAAUUAAGUUUCUUUGCCGACUAUUGUUUUUUUAAAUAAAAAAUUGAGUUAGAUAAUUUUUUAAUUAUUGUUAUAAAACAA